GUGGACACGAUACAAAUAAAAGAAAGAGUGUUCAGGAUAGAAGAAAAAUUGGAGCAUAAUGAAAUGACACAGAUUGACUCCACCAAAACGGAAACUCUGGCCUGCAUGCAAAAGAAAAUUACUUCUCUGGAAUUAAAAAUGAAUGACAUGGAGGAUAAAGCCAGGCGGAAGAACCUACAAAUCAGAGGUAUUCCUGAGAGUAAAACUAGAGAAAAACUGGUGGAAUACCUUAUUGAACUCUUCAAUCAAAUAGGAAUUCAAGAAGAAAUAAGAUCAGCAAACACUGAAUGGGUGCACAGACUUAUCAAACCUAGUGGUAUAGCUGAGGCACAUCCCAGGGAUGUGAUUAUCAGAUUUGCCAUGUAUGGGGUUAAACAAAAAAUCGUGGAAGCUGCAAGAUCAUUAGGACCUAAUGACCAGAGGCUUAAAACCCUUACUUUUUCUCGGGACAUGUCAUGUAAGACAUCCCAGAGAAGAAGAUCAUUUAAACCAGCAUUGGACAGACUGAAAGAUAAAUAA